UAAUGAAUAUAUUUCGAGAGAAAUUACCUAAAAAGAGCCUGGUCCUAUUGCGUUGUAAUAUUUUACAUUACAGUGGUGUAGUGUGGUGUAAAAAGUGCAGGGUGUAUUGAAAAGCGAAGCAACGUACAGCAUGUCGAGAUAAUGUUCGAGAUGUCAUUCGGUGCGUGGUGAAUGGCGAUAGAGAGAAAGAAAAAGUGAAAAAAAGAUUUAGAAGCAUUUUUCUUCGACAAUCGCGUAUUUGUGCGACGAGAAAAAUCCUUCUAAAUUACAGCUGAUCGCGAUGGACCGCGAAUUAAUUGAGAAGUUCAUCGAAGUGACGGGUGAGAGUGAGGCGACUGCACAACAGUAUCUGUCAUUGGCUGAGGGAAACGUGGAGAUGGCGAUUAGUCUUAUGUUUGAGAGUGGCAGACCACCGGAGAUUGAGAAUUCAGAUCCUGAACCACCAGUCAGAGCUCCUAUACUACCCACGCAAGAGAUAUUGGUGCCAUCAGAGCCAAUGUGUUCAUUUCCACGGUUGUCAAAUAAUGUGUUCGAUAGAUUCAGAGACUUUGCUGUAGAAACGCAGCGACAAGAAGAGGAGAUGACUCAUAGAGUAACUGGUAUGAGACACAUUUCCCAAAAGAAAUCAAAACGAUUAGAAGAUUUAUUCAGACCACCAAGCAAUAUUCUCUUUUUGGGCUCCUUCAUGGAGGCGCGAGACCAUGCAAAAACUCUGAAUCGUUGGUUACUUGUCAAUGUUCAGAAUCCACAAGAAUUUAGUUGCCAAGUUCUUAAUAGAGAUGUAUGGCCCAAUCAACAAAUUCAAGAAAUAGUGAAGGAUCAUUUUGUUCUGUGGCAAGUUUUGUGUAAUUCAUCGGACGGAAGACGUUACAUAGAUUUUUACAAUGUAGUGGCAUAUCCAUACCUGGCAAUUGUAGAUCCCAGGACAGGAGAAUGUAUGAAAACUUAUAAUAACAUCACUGUGGAUAGUCUGAUGUCUGAUUUGAAUGAUAUGUUAAGCACACAUGCAUCUCCAGAAAGCGCUUCACAUGUUGCAUCCAAUUCUAAAGAUUGGAAUAAUUUUCCUACAACGCCUCCAAAACGGAAUCCUUUAGCUGAUCAAAUAAAGAAUGAUUGUGGUCCUAGUAGCAAAACUUCUAGACUUUUAUCUGAAAAAAUAACAAAUUUAGAAAAUGAAAAUGUUACAUCAGAUAAUAUUACAAGUUCAAGUAUUCCAAGUAGCAGUAACACUGCCUUUAAUAAAAAAAGAAAGCUGAACGAAUGUGAGGCUAAAGAUAAACAACUAAAAGAUGAAAAAUUAAAAUCUAAUAUAGUUAAAGCUGAAACAAGUAAUGAACCCUUUUUACGGCUCUGCCUACGACUGCCAAAUGGUACAAAGGAAACAAUAUCAAUGUGUGCAACAGAUACUAUAGAAGACUUUCUAAUUAAAAUGGAAGAAAUGGGAUUUCCAUCAACUGAACAUACUUUUUUGGUGCCAUUUCCGAAAACAAAUGUUGGUGCACUGUCUUCAAAUACACGUUUAUUAGAUACAAUUUUAUUUCCGACAAACACAGUAUUCAUAACAAAGAUACAGUAAUAUACUAUAAGUGAAUAUUCUUCCAUUAUAAUUUGUCAACUUAAAAACUUGAACUUGAAAAAAAUAUUUAUCUAAGAUUUAAGAUAUUCUGAAGUCUUUCUAUGAAAGCUUGUAAAAAUUGUAUACUGUGUUUAGAUAAAAAUUUAAAGUUGUGUCUUUCCUUUGAAAAUAACAAACACAAAAAUCUUCCUUUAUGUUUAUAUAAUAAUUUGAAGAGAUAGGAUAUUUAUACAUGUAUAAAACCGAUAAAACCAUAGAGAAGCACUGCCAUUCAGUGUUCAUUUCAUAUUAAAUCUCUUCUCUAUAUAAUCUUUCAAUUUUAGAAUAAGAUCUGAUUGUACUCACGAUAUAUUUUAAGAGAAAAUUAUCAGUUAAAUACGUAUAUCGUAUAGCUACUUAUUACCCAAUUAUUUUAUCUCGUUGCUACUUAUUCGUUUUAUUAUUAUUGUUUCUGCAAAUCUUGCAAGUGCCGUCCAUAACGUGUACAGCUGUCUCAAAAUGUAUUUCUGGCAAAAUAUUUCAAGGUAAAAUAUGCAACAUAUUGUUAUGACAUUACUACAUGAUACUACAUGAUUAUAACAUAUUACAAAAUAAGAUAUCUUAAAGAAUAAUGUAUGAAAGAAAAUUUUCGCCAAUGUGAUGUAAAUCAUAAAAAACUUCAUAUUACAAAUCGAAAACAAUUCAA